AAUGUUUUCCACGAACAGCUGGCAGUGGGGAGAGCAAAACAACAGAGCACUGCAGCCCGAGUGGAGAGUCUCCUGCUCGGCCUCACGGAGCACACCUCAGGGGUCUGACUGCAUUUGUCCGUACAAGUACAAGAAAGCCCUUCUUUUUCCUCCCACUGUCCUCGCUGCACCACAGGGCGCAUGCUCAGACCUCCCGGCGGUGCAGUUGUUUUGCCACACAGAUCCGAGCGACGCUGUAAGACUUUAAAGAUGACCACUUCAUGGAGUGACAGACUGCAGAACUAUGCAGACCUGCCUGCCAACAUGGACAGAAUGUCAAUGAAGAAAUACAGACGAGAGCCGUACCACAGAGUCUUUGUCAACAGAAGCUUGGCAAUGGAGAAGAUUAAGUGCUUUGGCUUCGAUAUGGAUUACACUUUGGCAGUGUACAAAUCACCAGAGUAUGAGUCACUCGGAUUUGAACUGACGGUGGAGCGGCUGGUUUCCAUCGGUUACCCACAGGAACUGUUAAGCUUCGUCUAUGAUCCGUCUUUUCCUACCAGGGGCCUUGUGUACGACACCAUGUAUGGAAACCUGUUGAAGGUUGAUGCCUACGGUAAUAUACUGGUCUGCGUCCAUGGAUUCAACUUCCUCAGAGGUCCCGAGAUCAGGGAGCGCUACCCAAACAAGUUCAUCCAGAGAGAUGAUACAGAGCGCUUUUAUAUCCUGAACACGCUCUUCAACCUUCCAGAAACCUACCUAUUUGCAUGCUUAGUGGAUUUCUUCUCCAACUGUGAUAGAUACACAAGCUGCGAAACCGGUUUCAAGGAUGGCGACCUUUUCAUGUCCUACAAGAGCAUGUUCCAGGAUGUCCGUGAUGCUGUUGACUGGGUUCAUUUCAAGGGAACUCUGAAGGAGAAAACUGUGGAGAAUCUGGAGAAGUAUGUUGUGAAAGAUGGAAAAUUGCCUCUUCUCCUCAGUCGAAUGAAUGAAGUAGCCAAGGUUUUUUUGGCUACCAACAGUGACUACAAAUACACUGACAAAAUCAUGACCUACCUGUUUGACUUCCCUUACGGCCCAAAGCCUGGUACUUCCCACCGACCCUGGCAGUCCUACUUUGACCUCAUUCUGGUGGACGCCAGGAAGCCGUUGUUUUUUGGCGAAGGGACAGUGCUCCGACAAGUGGACACGACCACAGGGCGACUAAAGAUAGGCACCUAUACCGGACCUCUGCAGCACGGUAUCGUCUACUCUGGAGGUUCUUCAGACAUUGUGUGUGACCUGUUGGGAGCCAAAGGCAAAGACAUUGUGUACAUUGGGGACCAUAUCUUUGGAGACAUACUCAAGUCCAAGAAGCGCCAAGGCUGGAGGACCUUCUUGGUCAUCCCUGAGCUCGCCCAGGAGCUGCACGUGUGGACCGACAAGAGCUCUUUAUUUGAGGAGCUGCAAGGCCUUGACAUUUUCUUAGCAGAACUCUACAAACAUCUGGACAGCAGCAGUAAUGAAAGGCCAGACAUCAGCACUAUUCAGAGAAGAGUCAAGAAAGUCACCCACGACAUGGAUAUGUGCUACGGCAUGAUGGGUAGUCUGUUCCGCAGCGGCUCCAGGCAGACCCUGUUUGCCUCCCAAGUGAUGCGCUACGCCGACCUUUAUGCAGCCUCCUUCAUCAACCUGCUGUACUACCCAUUCAGUUACCUCUUCAGGGCUGCACAUGUGCUGAUGCCCCACGAGUCCACGGUGGAGCACACGCACGUGGACAUCGACGCCGAGUCGCCGUUGGCCACGCGCAACCGCAACCACUGCAGCGACUGCAAGGACUUGGAGUGCAAACGCAACCAGCUGACCCGCUCCUUCAGCGAGAUCAAACCUCCCAACCUGUUCCCUCAGACGCCACAGGAGAUCACCCACUGCCAUGACGAGGACGACGACGAGGAAGAAGAGGAAGAGGAAGAAGAGGAAGAAUGAACCUUUUAGGGUAUUGGGAGGGUUUGUAGUGUGCGUCUAACAACACUAUGCACACAUGACAACACUGGACGUUUUUUGAGUGAGAAUGAACGCGUCACAUGACUCGUCACACGACAUGCACGAUGCCUCCUUCAAAAACUUUUUUUUUUUUUUUUUUAAAUCGAUAUAAUUUAGAUUUUCCUUUGGUGACAGACACUCCAUUGUGUGGUUUUAACGUGACCGUUUCAGGUCCACAUGAAGCAUGACUCGCACAAGACUAGCAUUGCCAUAACGUUAUUCAUUCUUAUGAGUACUCAUCACAUCCAUGACGGUCGCUUUGUAUGAAAAAUGGGAACAACAGGCUUUUCAUUUUGUGUCGUUUUUUCUUUUCCGUUUUAGAUGUCUUGCUUGUGUAAGCGUGCGUGUGAGUGUGCGUCUACCCACCAGCAGGAUGGGCGACACCGUCAGGAGGGGGGGGCGGUUGGCUAUUGACCCCUGAUAUCUGGUUACCUAGCAACAAUGAGGACACAGUACUGUAUUACAGGCCCAUAGUUGCUGUGGCAACGCUGAAGCUUGUGUAAACAACAUGUGAAGCGUAAAGUAUUUUUUCACUAAUAUUUCAUGCAAAGCGAUUAAAAGUUUUAGGAACUGUUGAUAAAGAAGCAAAAGAGCCAGACUGAGAAUGGAAUUUUAAGCAACUUUUUAUUUCCGUUUCUUUGCCUUUGCCUUGUCUUGGACGGAACUUUGUCCCGCUAAAGCAAACGUUGUGACAGUUGAUGAGCUUGUGAGCGCGUUCGCUGCUCCUUCGGUUGCAUAACUUCAAAUAUGCAUGUUUUUUUUAAGUGUAUGUGGAUUGUUAGCAUUUUAGAAAAUAUACUCACCGUAGACUGGUAACAAAAUGUAACCCAAGCUGUAACUAUUUCCAAAAAAAAAAAAAUUAAAGGGAAAAGUGAAUAGCACGUUAGAAGCUGUAACUAAAAUGUUAGACUUUAAAAAAAUAUAUAUGUGGGUUUACACAAGUGUUAAUGGAAUGUUCCAUUACCUUCCUUGACUGUUAACUUGGAUUUUAUUGCAAACACGGAACUCAAGUUUAAGCUUAGAUUGUGUAUUUUUUCUUACUGGCAUGAUGUCCUGAACGCAUCACUUUAGCAACGAGUCCUGUUAUCGUCGCCGGUCAUUUUACAAAAUAAUUUUUAUGCAUAUUAAUUAUCCAGUGUUUCCUUUACUCCCAGAUGUUCCUGCAGUGUGCACAUUAAAGGACAUGGACUGCAAAUGUAUAAUAAAGAUAGUUUUUCAUA